AGAGCAUCCAGCAUGCAUAUGUUUUGGGUUCUGGUAUUGAUUUUCUACAAUGGGCACUUUAUUAGCACUGCUACUGGUGCUAAUUCUACCAGACCCGACGUUGUUAACAUUGGCGCUAUUUUGGCUUUCAAUUCUUCCAUUGGGAAAGUUGCAAAAGUUGCCAUUGAAGCUGCUGUGGACGAUGUAAAUUCCGAUCCUGGGGUUCUAAAUGGAACUAAGCUGAAAAUUACCAUGCAGGAUACAAAAUUAUCCAGCGGAUUUCUCGGAAUCGUUGAGGCUUUGCGGUUUAUGGAGAAUGAUACAGUGGCCAUAAUUGGUCCCCAACACUCUGUUAUGGCCCAUGUAAUUUCACAUAUUGCGAAUGAACUACAAGUGCCUCUGUUAUCCUUUGCUGCAACAGACCCCACCCUAAAUUCACUUCAGUUCCCAUUUUUUGUUAGGACAACCCAAAGCGACCUCUUCCAGAUGUCUGCUGUAGCAGAAAUCGUAGGCUACUACGAAUGGCGAGAUGUAAUAGCAAUCUAUAUUGAUGACGAUCAUGGCAGAAAUGGGGUUGCUGCUUUAGGUGAUAAGCUCGCUGAAAAACGUUGUAAGAUCUCGUACAAAGCACCUAUGAGCCCCAAAGUAGACCGGAAUGACAUCUCUGAUACACUGUUUAAGGUGGCUAUGAUGGAGUCUCGGAUUAUUAUCCUCCACAUAUAUUCUGCCUGGGGUUUAGAGGUAGUUGAUAUGGCACGUAAGAAUGGGAUGAUGGGAAGUGGAUAUGUGUGGAUAGCUACUGAUUGGCUCUCUACUCUACUUGACACAGAAUCUUCCCUCCCUCCAGCGGCAAUGGAUAGUAUUCAAGGGAUUCUUACGUUGCGUAUGCACACCCCAGAUUCACUACCGAAAAGGAAAUUUCUUUCUAGGUGGAGCAACUUGACUGCUUCAAAGACAAAUGGUAGCCUUUUUAGACUAAAUGCGUAUGGUCUAUACGCCUAUGACACUGUUUGGCUUCUCGCUCGUGCACUUGACACAUUUUUAAAUCAGAAGGGAAACAUUACAUUUUCAAAUGAUUCGAGUUUAACUGAGUUUCAAGGAGGGAACUUGCGUUUUGAUUCCAUGAGCAUCUUUAAUGGAGGGAAGGUGUUGCUUAGCAACAUUUUACACGUAAAUAUGAAUGGUUUAAGCGGCCCAAUGAAUUUCACUUCAGAUGGGGAGCUCAACGGUCCUGCAUAUGAAGUAAUCAAUGUCAUUGGUACGGGGGUUAGGUCAAUUGGUUAUUGGUCCAAUUCUUCCGGCUUAUCAUUGGUGCCUCCAGAAAAGUUCAAUGCACCUGAAGUAAACAAGUCUUCAAAUCAACAACUUUAUGGUGUAAUCUGGCCAGGGCAAAUCACUCAGAAGCCUCGUGGGUGGGUAUUCUCAAGCAAUGGAAAGCAACUUCGAGUUGGAGUCCCAAAUCGAAUUAGCUAUCGUGAAUUUGUGUCACAUGCAGAAGGCUCUGAUAACUAUGUUGGAUAUUGUAUUGACGUAUUUAAUGCUGCAAAGGAACAAUUGCCAUAUGCAAUCCCAUAUAAGUUUAUUCCAUUUGGGGAUGGACAUAGCAAUCCAGUAACCGCUGAUCUUCUGCACAUGAUCACCACGGGUGAAUUCGACGCUGUGGUUGGUGACAUUACAAUUACCACCAGCCGGACAAAGAUGGUGGAUUUCACGCAGCCAUAUAUUGAGUCUGGGCUAGUUGUGGUAGCCCCGGUUUGGAAGUUGAACUCUAGUGCUUGGGCAUUUCUUAGACCAUUUACUCCAAUGAUGUGGUGUGUUACAGGUAUUUCUUUCAUUGUUGUGGGAGUAGUUGUUUGGAUUUUGGAGCGCAGGACAAAUGACGAUUUCCGAGGCCCUCCUAGAAAACAAUGUGUCACCAUCUUAUGGUUUAGCUUUUCAACUUUGUUUUUCUCUUAUAGAGAGAAGAUUGUGAGCACCCUCGGUCGCUUAGUGCUUAUCAUAUGGCUUUUUGUAGUUCUAAUACUCAAUUCGAGCUACACUGCAAGUCUGACAUCAAUUCUUACAGUCGAACAACUUUCUUCCCCCGUCAAAGGGAUUGAAAGUUUGACAACAAGCAACGAUCCCAUUGGUUUCCCGCGUGGUUCUUUUGCUGAAAACUAUCUAACCAACGAGCUCAACAUACAUAGAAAUAGACUUGUUCCCCUUGGCUCGCCGAAUGAUUAUGAGAGAGCUUUGAAGGACGGCCCGAGUAAAGGUGGUGUUGCUGCAAUUGUUGACGAACGAGCAUACAUGGAGCUCUUUCUCUCCACCAGAUGUGAAUUUGGUAUUGUCGGUCAAGAGUUCACCAAAAUGGGGUGGGGUUUUGCCUUUCCACGGGACUCGCCACUGGCGAUUGACAUGUCAACUGCCAUACUAAGAUUGUCAGAGACUGGUGAUCUACAAAAGCUUCACGACAAAUGGCUAACAAGAAGUGCUUGCAGUUCGGAAGGUGCGAAGCAAGAUGUAGACCGCCUUCAGCUUACAAGUUUCUGGGGCCUCUUUUUACUAUGUGGCUCUGCUUGUCUUCUUUCUCUCAUUUUCUAUCUCAUUAAGAUGGUACGCCAGUACACAAGGCACUCUAGCAACACGUCACAAUCUACACGGAUUGAAUCGUUUCUUACAUUUGUUAAAGAAAAGGAAGAGAAUGUUAUUAAAGUGGAGAAGGAAGGAAAGAGGGGGUACUCCAUGAGAAGGCAGAUAGAGAUGGUCUCAAAUGGAAGAGUGCAUGAAGAAGAACCUCGAAAUAGUACUUGGAAUGUUACCGUUGCUACUAACUACGAAGCCUAG